UUUUAUCACCACUUUCUUUUCAAAACAUUUUGCUAUACCUAAUAUAUACAUAUAUAUAUAUAUAUAUGGGUGUGAAAGGCAAGUUGAUCGCUUCAGUAGAGGUGAAGUGCGGAGGACACUUGGUUCAUGAUAUUUUUCACACCAAAACUCAUCAUAUAUCCAACAUAAGCCCUAACAAGAUCCAAAAAUUUGAGAUUCAUGAAGGUGAAUCUGUAAAAGUUGGUUCAGUUGUUAACUGGAACUAUAAUGACGACGGAAAAGACAAGGUUUCAAAGCAAGUGAUUGAAGCCGUUGAUCCUCAAACUAAAACAAUCACUUGGAAAGUGAUUGGUGGAGACUUGUUAGAGUUGUACAAUUCCUUCACUAUUAUCACAUCAUGUGACCAUCAAUGGACUACAUGGACAUUUGUGUAUGAGAAGAAAUCUGAAGACAUACCAGAGCCUCUCGUUCUCUUGGGUUUUGCCCUUCAUGUGACAAAAGAUAUAGAGGGUCACCUUCUUAAGUAAUAGAAUAUCGAUGCUAUUCAAUGGCUCAUAGCCAUAUUUAAAUAUAUGCAACAUAUAUAUAUAUGCAUGCGCGCUUGUGUGAUGUUGGCUAGUCUAGCUAGCUAGCCAGUGUGUAAAAUAAAUAAUAUUAUGUUUGAAGAAUAUAUUACCUAUGUUCCUCUCCUUCUAGGGAUGUAUUUCCAAUGUUCAAUAAAUGUAAAAAAUUAUAUGAAAAUAUAUGGGAAUUUUGGGAUAUUUAAUUCACUUGAAAGA